GAGAAACAAUCAGACUGUUACCAUUUUGUUUUACAAUUACUGUGUGAAAUAACCUGCCCUCUGGUAACUGUUCAUGUAAUGGACUGCCUUAAGAGGAACAAACAUUUUAUUUACAAUCAUAGCAAUGCUACUGCAGGUAUGAUGCGGGAUGAGAUAUCUGAAAAAGAAGGAAUAUGUGGCGCAGUCCUUUUGUUGCUUCCUUGCAUUCAUUACUCUCUGGGCCACUUCUAUGCCUAAACACUGCCCUGAGGGAGGUGAGGGGCCAGGGGAGGGGAAGAGGGAAAAAAAGAAGGGAAAAAAAAGAAAAAAGAGGAACCGAAAAUUUUCAAAGUACAAGCAUGAGUUAAGCAAGCACCAGCAAUCAGACUGUUCAGGAAGGAACGCCGCACUUGUCAGCCAACACUGCCAGCACACAGCCCCUGCUGCACGACUCCCAUUCAGCAAACGCCGCCUAUCUUUGCUAUGGUUUGCACUGGAUUACCCAGGUAGCCAAGACAGUCUUACACAAGCACUGAAGUAUGCGCGAAUACAUUUAGACCAGGAUAUGCAUAUUAAUUGCUUUUGUUACAGCCUCAAAGACGGCUCUGAGCGUGGCUUUGAGUAAAAACCCACCGACACCCGACCCUUCGGCCAGCGAGAGCCGCGAUCCCACGGCGGUGCCGGGCCGCCCCGCCCCUUGUCCCGGACGCGCGGCAGCCGCCGGCCCAAGAGCGGGCGGGCGGCCAUGGCUGUGCGCGGUCUCCCGCUCUGCCUGCUGGCCGUCAGCUGCGCGAUGCCUGCGCCGAGCCUGGGCCAGGGCUGUGCCGCGCAGCGAAUGGACAACGCCAUCAUCGAUAUCAGCUUGUCUCUCCCCAUGGGUAUCCGAGGUGCGGAACCAGUGCACGUUUCAACGCCAGAGGCUUGCAUACAUGCCUGCUGCUUGGGAAAAAAGCUGUCAGGAGACAAGAAAUGUAACUUUGUGAUUUUUGAUGCUCAAAGGACAAGCACACAACCAAACUGCUACCUGUUUUAUUGCCCUAGCACAGAGGCUUGUCCUAUGAAACCUGCAAUGGGGCUUGUGAGCUACAAGAUACCUCAAGACACCCGUGCCCUGGAGGAUGCAUCCUUCAAAAAUGAGGACUUCAAUUCAAAUGAACACUCUGUACCUUCAGAUGCUGGAGCUUUUAUUUCUCAAAGUCAGGCUAGCCAUCAGAAUCAUACCACUGCUUUGCAACAAUCUGUUUUUCAUCAAGCAUCUGAACUCCUGAACCAUAUGGCCAAACAUGUAGACAACACUGAAUUUCAUACAGUUUUCCCUGAGUUACAAAGGGCAGACAAUCCCAAGAGCUUAGACCCCUUGCCAAGGCAGAAAGUAAUUAAUCCACCACCAAAUAUAUCAUCUACUCUUCAAAUUGGAAAUCCUUCUGCUUUGUUCCCCACCACUGAGUCUAAUGCUCCCAGUCCCAGCAGUACUACUGUUACUCCUCUGCCUACAAGUACUGUCAGACUGAAAUCUCACACAACUUCUAUGUUUCCAGGUGGUGCCAAACCUGGUACCGUCAGUAGAACAACCACCUUUAUGCUUACUGCAAUUGCUAGAGCUGAACCUGGUAUCCCUACUGCCAAGAUUGCUGCUACUCAUGUUUUUCUUUCCAGUCCCACAACUUCUGCUUCUACUUCUACAGCCAAGUGGGUGACCUCAAAUCCCAUAACAGCCACCAGCUCAGCAGGGCUCAGAACUUCAUCCAUCCCUCCUGAGCCAACAGCUGUCUCUGCCAGUUUUACCAGUCAUGUUACCCUUGUCUCUUUUUCAAGUUUUGCUCUCUCUACUAGUGCUUUCCCCGUGGCUUCGCGAAACAACCAUCAGGAUUAUGACCCAUCUGAUUCAGAAGACAACCUAUCAGAGAAUGUUCAGAGAAGAAAAGGCUUUGUUCAGCUAGAAGACAAAAGCAGACUUGUAGCGGCUUUACUUUUUGGGGUGAUAUUCUUGCUGUUAGUUAUUGUGCUCACAGGGAAGAAAAUGCAUGAAUCUCUUCAGAAGAGACAAUAUACCAGGUUGGAUUACUUGAUCAAUGGAAUGUAUGCUGAUGUAUGAUGGGGCAUAGGGAAUAGAUUGUUAGGAGCAUUUAUCAUCUUUGUGAGAACUACUCUGAAAGUGAAGAGUGGAUAUGAAAUCUCAGAAGAGGAUGCAUUCCUUUUUUGGUCACCAGUGGCCACAUAGUUUUGGUGGGGAAGAGAACUGCUAUUUCCAGACUGAAUUAUAAUGCCUAUCAUUUGAUUUAGUAUCAAAUCCUAAAUACAAACACUCAAGCUAAGCAAAGAAGUUCUCUUAGUUCUCUUUAAGGAGAAAAAUAAUUUCAAGAGUAUGUUCUGUGACUAGAUUAGCAGAAUAGAAUCACAGAAUCACAGAAUCAUAGAAUGGCCAGGGUUGGAAGGGACCUCAAGGAU